AUGAGAGUGCUGCUGUUGACGAUUGGCAGCCGUGGUGAUGUGGAGCCAUUUUGUGCCAUUGCCAAGGAAUUAUUGCAGCAAGGCCAUCAAGUUGAUUUCUUCGUGGAGCCCAACUGGAAAUUCCUGAUCGAACCUCUGACUGUCACUCAAGAAUUUGGGAAUGUUGUUUCUGUUUCCGUGCAUGAACUCCCCUUUUCCAAUGCCAGCUUUUCCCCAAAUGGCGCCUCUUUGCAGUCCCUGGUCGACAUUCAAGCCAAUUACAUUUUGCCGUGCUUCCAAAGAGUCUGUCAAGUGGCCAAAGGCUGUCAGUGCCUGGUGGCCAACAGCAUUGCUUCUUACUUGAUGGUGCUAGUGGCAAUCGCUGAGAAUCUUCCCACCAUUCUGAUACAUUUGCAACCCUUGCUGCCAAACCAAGUAUUCCCGUCCUAUCGGAUCUCUCCUCCCAACUUUUGUCGAGCCAUCCAACAGUAUCACUCGAGUCUAAAAGAGGGCGCUCCCAUUCCGUAUCAACCAGACUAUCUCUUUGAAAUCAACCAGAACUUGUACUGCGCUCUCUUACAAAAUGGUCUCUUGGAAAAGUCAUGUGGCAUCCAACCACCAAUGAUGUCGUGGGAACAAAUGCUCCCAAUCCUCUCUGGUUGCCAUCCACAGUUCACUAUUGUCAAUGCUUACUCCAAUCAUCUCAUUCCCAUCAUGGAGGGAACACCUGCCGUUGGACCCUACGUCAAAGAUGUUGGACCUCUGGCAGAUGGAUACAUUUCAUCCAACCAAGAUGGACUGCCAGAUUCGGUACAGUCCUUCUUGAUGCGUAAUGACAACACGAAACCCAUUGCCAUUGGUUUUGGAUCCAUGCCUGUCCAACAACAACAACUGGAUGCUGUUUGGCAAGCCCUGCAAACCCUGCCUGAUAGUCAAAGAGUCAUUUUGAUUGGAAAGGCACUCACGCCACCAACACCCACACACAAUAAUCCACAACAAUGGCUACACGUCACUGCCAUUCCAUACCCUCUUCUUUUGCCACACUGCUCCAUGAUGAUCUGCCAUGGGGGAGCGGGGGUAUUGCAAGCGUGUCUUCGAGCAGGAAUCCCCAGUUUGGUCUGUCCUGUCAUGGGGGAUCAGUUUGCCUUGGCGGCGGUCGUACACACACUCCAGUAUGGACAAAAAGCGUGUCGUAGGUUUGCCGAACUCGAAGCAAAGGAUCUCAUUCGUGGCAUUCGAUACCUUCUACAAUCGACCCAGAUUUCCGAAAAUUGCCAGCAAGUGGCAAAACGAAUACUAGUAGAGCAACAAGAACAACAAGAGGUGCCAACAGGGCCUCGGAAACUGCUCUGCAUUAUGAAACUGGCGGUAGAGGCGCAUCACAGUGGUGAAUGA